AUGGAUGAAUAUAUUACGAAUUAUGGAGAAUUAGAAAGAAUGAUAGAUAGAAUCCCUGUGCCAGACAUCACUGUUUCUUCUCUAUCUUAACAAUCUGAAUAAGUCACUCCAUAAUCAAAAAAAUAAUAAUCUCUCACCAGAGAAUAAGUGUAGAAAAUAAUGAGAAGAGUAACUGAAUAAUCACAUUUUCCAACAACAAAACAGAAAAUUUAUACGUUGUAAACUUUUAAUUGCAAAGAAAGUUCAAAUGAUGAAUAGUUAUUUAAGUAAAUAUAAUAAAGGGAUCACAACAAAAAUGAGGAAUUAUUAAAAAUGUAAUAAUAGGUUUGCGAUUAGUAAAAAGUAAUUUAAUAACAAAUCUAAUAAAUUGCAUAAAUGAAUAAUUAAAUUGAAUUUUUAACAAAUGAGCUCUAAGAUUAUUAAGAAAAAAGUUAGAGUGAUGUGAACACAUUAUAGUAGUUAUAUGCUCUAAAUGAUCAAUAGAAUAAAACAAUAGAAGGAAUAAGAAUAGAAUUGUAAGUGGCUAAACGAGUUAGCUCCUAACAAUUAAAUAAAGAAUAAGAUUCAAUCCAUUAGAUAACAAAAUUAAAAUCAAAAAUUAAUAGCUUAUAAUCUGAAAUCAACAAAACGCGAACGAACUUAACUCUAACAUCUCCUACUAAUGAAACGAUACAAACUGGAAUUUUGACUAACAGAAUAGACCCAGAAUUGCUGAGUGAAGAUGAAACACUCAAUAUGCUAUUAUGUUUAUUAAGCAGAGUAUCCAAAAGCCAAAGAAUGACAUAUUUAUUGAAGAAAAAUGCUGACUUUAAAUAUUUGAUUAAAUUAAAGCGAAGCUAACCUAGCAUAAAUAAAAUUUCAUUUAUUCAAAAUAGUAAAUCGGUUUGUGAUAGAAAACUUUCAUAUAACCAAGAAAAUUUUAAGUAGAUUGUAAAAAAUGUCGGUAUUAAAAAUCAUUGA